AUGUCUGUUACAAUGCAUCGGAGUGGUUUAUCAUUAGCUUCGUCUAGUUUUUCGCGUGAUACUGGUGGUGCUAUGAAAACGACAAACUUGCCUCCAUAUUCGCGUCCAGUUGCUGGCACUACUAGAUCAUCUUCUUCUUAUACCUCUAUGAGAUCCUCUAAACCACUGCAUUCUUCGUCUGGUCGGAGUCUUCCUAAUGGGCCCGGCCCGAUACUGCCAAAUCGACCUACGGUCGACUAUGGGAAGGUUGAAUUUAUUGCGUCUCACUCUGGUACAAUAACAUCACGGGAAGGAACUUCACAUGUUAAUAGUUGUCAACGAACCUAGUGCUAAAAAACUCUUCAGCGACACAAAGAAAAGCUUUAGAUGACUCUGGAUACGGGAGUAGAGGAAAGGAUUAUGCAUAUGCUGAUAAUUUUAAAUAUGGUAGUUUGGCUGGCCGAAAAUCAAAAUCAUUUUCCCAGCUAUAUUCGAGGGAUGAAUCUAUCGAUUCGUCCCCUUAUUACCGGACUCGGACUGAGUCGGUUUCUAACCGUGGAGUUAGCGUCAAGAUGGGGUCACAUCACACCUCACAAAGAAGUACUGAACGCGAUUAUAUGAGCUCUAAACCCUAUGCUAAUACUAAUACUAGACAAAGUUUAUAUCAAUCAACAACACACUCAGACUUCAGAGAUCGCAAGGCCGAAGACAGUAGUACUAGGACCUCAUUGACCAAACCUGCAAAUUCUCGUACACUGGACGGAGAUUUGCCCACCGGAUAUGGUAACAAAAACAAUGUUAACAUCACUGAUGUUGAAAAAUCUCGUAAAGCUACCAUAACUGCUUCUCCAGCUGAUCUCAAAUGCUCAAGAAGAUCAUCGUUAAGUUCUUCGAAUAAUUCAUCUCCUUCGGUAAGUGAGUGGAUGAGCUCAUGUUUGUAAGAUAUGGACAGUACAUGCAAGUUUAUUUGUUUAGAACGUACACUUAUCGCAUUUCUUAAUGGAGUGAUAGUGAUAUAACCAAAACAUCAAUUAAUUUGGCACAAAUGUUUGUGCCAAUUUAUUGAUGUUGUUAGAUGUAACAUAAAUUAGCAAACCCACAAGUGUAAAAAGUGAUUUUUUUGCAAGAUAUAUCUUUGCCGCUGGAUAAGCACACCUUAAGGUGAUGUUGAUGUAGUUUUAUAAUUUUUGUUUGGUAUGGUGCUAUGGACACUGCUUGAACCAGAUCUUUCACAGAGCAAAAUGCUGGUGAGAAAAAAUCACCUGUUCUUGCAGCAGUUCUCAAUACUGACUGGUAGUCAAGUUUGAACUUGCCAAAAUUAUUUUGAAUGUAUGAUAAGAUUUCAUCAAAAAGGAGCUGGAAGAUAGCUUUUCCCAUGAAUCACUGUCAGAAGCUAACUUUCAAGCUAGUGUAAACUGAAAGAAUAUGCUUUUGUAAAAAGAGACAUCUGAAUUUCACUGUACAAGAAUGAAAUAGAAUGUGCAUCAAAUAAUUGUUAUUAUUCAAAGCAAAUUUUUCUUUCUUUUCAUUGGCCGAAAGCCCACUACGUGACCUACAAUUAACUGCCUACAAAUAAUGGUCUGGUCAUGUGCAAUGCCAUCCAACAGUGUUUGGCUGCAAAUGAUAUUCUGCUCAUGCGUAAAGGAAACCAUGCUUUUCUCCUUUUGUGAUCGCUCUUGCAUGAUAAUGGCAGAUCACCUUGCUUCCCGAGGAUAUUCAUUAACAAAACAAACUCGGUGAUCAAAUGAUAAAACAAUUGUUGAACUCGUUUAUCGCAAAAUAUCGUGAUUUGUCAGUGUCUUGCAGAUCAAUUAUUUGCCGAAGCCGAAGGCUGAGGCAAAAAUUAUUGAUCUGCUCUCCACAGACAAAUCCCGAUAUUUUGCUUAACCUCGUCCAAUAAUUGUUAAUUGUUUGUCAUGUGCACUGUAAACUUUUAUUACAGGAUGAAACCCUUUUUAGACUGUUAAUUACUAGAGUAUCAUAAGGUUUUUUUUUAACAAUGGAAAACUUUUUCAAGCCUUUUAAACUUUUUCUUAUCACUGGUGAUUUUACUGCUAUCAAUAUAGCAGGACUUUUUUAAAAAAUGUAAAGUUUAUUUGUCAUUGAGAACUGUUGUAAACUUGUUGAUAAGCAGAUUUUAUAUAUAUUGUACAUAUUUCCUGUGAAAAGGUAUAGGGUAACUUCCCUCCUCCCUCCUCCCCAAAAAUAUUCACUGGUGCUUUAAUAGCAUUUUAAGGUUUUUCUGGGACACCCAGUAACUGUUUUGCUUGGUCGACAGUGUAAAAGAGUCUAAAAGACACUGAUCUGUUCAAGGACCUGUCGCUCGGAUAGUUAUUUUAACUAAAUGUAACCACUAACACUGUAAUUUUGCAUUCAUAACACUAUAAUUAGGGCAUCUUUUAUCUUCUCUUUUGUUAUUUAGAUGGACUUGCCAGAGUGAAUUAUUUUCUCAGUUAUGCUGAUGAUACUAAUUUUGGUGACAAUAAUAAAUUGAAAAAACAUCUCAGUUUAGAUGUAAAUCCAGAUUGAAUAAAUGGCCAAGUUAGAGGACAAAAAAUAAUUAUUUAAAACAAUGGUUAAGUUGUGUUUGAAAAUAACUAGUUUAAAAAAACAAACAAACAAACGGAAAUAAUUAACAUGUUUAUGCAUGCUCGGUAAAUCUUUGCUUUGUUUUAAUAAAAUUUUCUACAAUUAUUGGAAAAUUUCCAAAAUACAGUGUGUAAUGUUAUGUGGGGAAAUUGAACAAUUUGAACAUGCACAGUUUUUGCUGUCAGAUUUUCAAUAAUGAUAAUGCUAUACAUAAUUUAUUGUAAGGGUUUGUUUAAUAUUCUGGUCAAAACCAAUGAAAUUCAACCUAGUAACAGGUAGUGCUUUUUUAAAUGCAUAUUCAACUAUAUUUUGCACAUUUAUUUCUUUAUAAUUAUUAUUUUUUUUAAAUGUUUGUGUGAAGGUGGUGUUAAAAGCAUUUUGCAAUAGGUGAAAUUAGAUUGUAAAGAAUUUCAGUGUACUUGUGAAAUGACUGUUUUUAAAUCCAUUUGAAUUUAGCUUGCAAGUUUUCUUAGUCCAUUCUUUUGGUUCUUUACACUUGAUUAUUCAAGAUUCUGGGCAAAAUAGUGGCUCUUGCAGGCGAAUUCAUUUUCAUUCUAGGAAUUUACUCUUGUCUUCUCUGGAUUUUCUUGGCUAAACGAAGUCAGCAUGCCCCAAAAAACCUACCAUCCUACAUUAAUAGACAAAAACAGUCUGUCAAGUAUUUAAAAAGUUAUUUGCAUGUUGUGGUGAGCUGAUUGUUUUCGAAUUUCAAAUCAUUAAAAAAUGAGAAAAUUUUUGUUUUAUAUUUCGGUGAUGUCCAUUUGUGAACAAUUACUGUACAUGCAUUAAUUUUUGCUCUCUUCUUUUACAGCCAACUGGAAUAGGAAACUCUGAUGGUCUAGUUGGUUUGCGUAAUUUAGGAAAUACGGUAAGCAUGUAAAAUUGUAGGCAAGGAGUUUAAUCUGCUCUAAAAAGCUUAUAAAAAAUAGUAAAAGAAUUUAUGCUGGUCCUGAUUUUUCAGUAAAGGUUGACAGAUGAACUUAAAACAAACAAACUAUUAUCAUGAUGCAUACAACAAAAAAGGCAAUUUGGAUCAAAAUUUUUCAAGUAGUUUUUUUCUCAGGUGACUAAAAUUUGUAAAGCACUCUUUUUGGCACUCAAUAUAGUGAGUAAAAUUUGUCAUGUGCAACAAUUUCCAUCAGUUUUGAUAGUGCUUGUUUUGGACAUGUGGAAAAUCUAAGAAAUGCUUGUCCUAAUGGACAAGCAAAACAGAAAACCUUUUCUGGCCCUGGUGGUGGUGUUGAUUGUCUAAAUUGUUUCAUUGUACUAAUUUCCAACCAAAAAUUUCUUUGUUCGUUCUCUUUUCAGUGUUUUAUGAAUUCUAUUCUUCAAUGUCUAAGUCACACACGACUUUUAACGGGACAGUUGUUGAAGGUAGUAGUGGCAUGAAAGGAAAAAAUCAACAGUAAAGUCAAAGUGGCAUGAAAAAGGAAAGUAUUUAACUCUUUACACCAUGGUGAAUGAUGUAAAUGUCAAAUUGCAUGUUAGUAUGACCAUUCAAAUGAAAGCUUCUGAAGGAUAGGUAGAAUCAUUAGAAAAGUAUUAAAAUGGUGCUUUUCAGUUUUUUGUCAUUUUACAACUUGAAAUUUGGAUUUUUUUCAAAUUUUGAUUUAGCCCACUUCUGGGAUUGAAAUGAUCAACCUAUACUGGAUUUGUCUGUGUCAGCCCAAUAGGGCUUUAUUUUGUUUAUUUUAUUUCCGGAUGGAAGGGGUAGUAGUACUAAGUGAUCUUUUUUUUGGACAGCAUUUGGGGAACUGAUUAAAUCAAUGUGGAAGCCAGGGAAUAGUGAUGCUGUAUCACCACACACAUUCAAGACUCAAAUCCAACGAUUUGCACCACGAUUUGUUGGUUACAAGUGAGUUUUUCUAUUCUAUGUGUCUCCAGUUACUCAAGAAGCUGCACAAUGCACCAGGGCUGUCAGAUUUGAAGUUGCUGGGUCUAUACCAAAGGCAGGAAAUUGAACAGCUAGGAAGUUCUUUAUGUUCAUGUUAUAUUUUUCUUUAAUUUUGUGGAUCUUGCUUAUAGUAGCUAGGGGAAGUUACUACCUCUGGCCGCAAGUGACAACCCUGAUGCACCCAUAUUCUUUUUUGAGGUGGAUAAAAAUUUCCAAACCUUUUCAUUAUUUUGUAAACUAGGGUUUAGGGUGUGUGAAAACGAUUGGUAGGUAAAACUUGCACAUUUGUGAAACUUGUAAAUAAUAAUAUUAUUUGUGGUUUUGUUAUUGUUUAUAGUCAACAAGAUGCCCAGGAGUUUUUACGCUUUCUUUUGGAAGGCCUGCAUGAUGACUUGAAUCAAGUCAAAUCCAAACCAAAGUACACACCUUGUGAAUUUGACUAUAAGCUCAGGUAAAAUGUCUUUUAAUCUAAAGUGAAAUUAAUAGGUGAUAAGUAUCGUAUGGUAUAUGCCUGGAUUUUUUGUGAACAUUGCGGUCUUCCAACGUCUAAAAUAAUAAUUAUUAGAUCCUGUGAAAAUAUACUUCCUUAAAAGAAAAACAUAAAAAAAUAAAUAGCAAAUGGUAACUCCUCUGUCUCUUUUACAUAACCAGUAACAAACUAGAUGGCAACCUUUUCUUUUCAAUGAAUUGAAGAUGCUCAAUGAAUUCUUUUUGCAUCUCAAAGUUAUCUUUUAGGGAAGUUAUCUGUUAGAUCAGGAGACUGUUUUAAUAGUUAUUCCAUGCCAAAGACACUGAAUCCAGGAAUUAAUCAUCUUUGCCACAAGAGUAACCUGCGCGAAAGCUUUUUGGGGCGCUCUGGUGACGGGGCAGGAAAAGGAAGGAGAGCUUGUAACUAUGUGUACGUCUCUGGAAUUUUAAUAUCUGGGUCAAAAAAGUCGAUACAAAAUGCUGAUUGGCAGAGAUGACUUAAGUAAUGACGUUAUUACCCUUGGCACAUGCUUUCACUUGUUUUUUUAAUGUUUGUUUACAUUUGGGCUCAUUUCCCCUUCGUGCUGAUUAGUGGAAAUCUGACAGCUCAGUUGACAGGGAGCCACAGGGGAAUUGGAGGUCGAAUUCAAAUUCGAGAGACGUAGUUGCAAGCUCUGCUCCCUUUUGCUGCCCCGCUGCCUGAGGGGUCCAGAGAGCUUGCUCUCAGGCUACUACAAGUGUGACCAGUUUGGGUGACUUAACAGCAGCCUUACACAAUACUUGUGUGCCUCACUGAUCUAAUUCUUAACAAGGUAGUCUUUUCUAGCCUGCAAAUACAGUCAGACCCAAUUAAUAAGGACACUGAGGGGGCCAGGGGUAGUCUGAAAUGUCAUACGUCUCCACCCCCGUGGGUUAGGGGGUGGAGAUGGGGGCUUUUCAGACUAGGCCAGAGAAAGUGAAUUUAGAGAAAAUGUAAGGGCUUUCUUUUCCCAGUGACAAAGCAUUUACUGUCUGCAACAAUGAGGUGUCUGUUUUAAGCAGGUUUCUAUAAAGCAGAGUUUGACUGCACUGCCACCUUUCAUUGCCCCCUACUACUCAACUGGGGAGCAGUAAGAGGCAGCUGUAUGAUUGUUAUGCUAGGAAAGAACUAACAUUUAAGUUUUCUGUUGUCACUUUUAGUCAUAAAGAGAACGCAGAAAAGUCAUGGAAAAGCUAUAUUUCCCGGGACAACAGUUUGAUGACUGGUAAGUCAUAAUUAUCUUACCUCUGCGUAAGCUACCUUGUAUUUAGUCCUUCUCACAACUGGAUAAUGGAUUUGUUACGGCAUAGUACUUAAUUUGCUUUUUUACUCUCUUCCAGAUUUGUUUGUAGGACAGUUGAAGAGCAUGUUAACCUGUUGUACGUGUAAUUAUACAUCAGUUACUUUUGAUCCAUUUUGGGAUCUGUCUUUGCCCAUUCCCCGGGUGAGUACAGAAGUUGUUUUUUGAAAGCCUAUUAUAAUAAACAAUUAGAACCGUGAUGUCAAUGAUAAUAAAAACAACAACAACAACGAUGUUAAGCAAAACGUGCACGCUUCUCUGCACACCGUUUAUUAUAUCUUUUAGUACAUUUCUCUGCCGUCUCUAAUGCGGUGUUAUAUAGAGGGCAUGAACAAAAGACGCUGAUCAUUUUGCUCAAUAUAAACUGGAUGUAGACUGUGAGCAGUCUCUUUUUCCUUAGUUUUAGUGAGGGGAGUGUAUAAGCGUGCGAGCGUUGAGCGGCGAAACGCGAGAAAUUGGGUAGACAGUCACGCGCGUGGUCAUUUUUGAGUCUAGCGAGUUUUACUUGACAGACUAAGAAAAAAGAGAGCCCUUCACCUCUUUGGCUUGGCAAGGUUAAAACAGAAACAAUAUCCUAUCCCUACUCCUCAGCUCUAUCACUAGCCUUCCAGACUUACCACAACUUGUUGCUGCUUUUACAGCAAUCAGGUUCUUUGUGCUACUCUGGAAGAAGGUCGAUCGCUUGUGAUGAUCGAGAUAGUGACAUCAGAGAUUGCAUGCUAUCUUUCACUAAAGAGGAAGUCUUGGAUGGUGAUGAGAGACCUGUAAGUUAAUUUUUAUGUCAAUGCAAGUAUGCUUGGAUCAAUAUUUAUUUAGGUUUCUCGGAAACUUCCCACCUACCCCUCCCCUAAGCCAACAUUAUCCAAUUACUUUUCACUUGGGGCAAAAUGUUGGCUUAAGGGAGGGGUAGGUGGGUAGUUUCCUAGAAACCUAAAUUGAUCCAUAUGCUUUUACUUAUCAGCAUGCGUUCUGCUAGGGACAUGCGCGCCAUUCGAUCCUUAUUUUUCAUAGAUUACGUGGGUUCACACGCACCCUGAAAGUCCUUGAAAAUUGCAGUCGGUGCUGGAAAGUUCCUGAAUUUCAAUGCUAGCUUAAUAGCUUAAGUAAGACUCCAAAGAAAAAAGAGAAAACACAGAAAGACCUUGGGUAAAGUUACUUAUUUUGUGGAAGAACUAAAAAAGACAGACUCAAGACUCUUUUUUGCACUGAAUGGAGUCCUUGAAAAAUGGGAAAUGUGUCCUUGAGUGUCCUUGAAAAGUCCUUAAAUUAUUUGUUCAAACCCUGGAUUACCCUGGCGAGAUUAGAGCGGUUUUCAUUUGAGUGUCGAAAAGUAAUUGGUUUUGCACUUUCUACACGAUGCGAUUGGCUUAAAAGAUUCGCGCCACCUUUUCAUCCAAUCAGAAGUAAAACCAAAGCCAAUUGUGACGCGCUCGCAUGCAUUUUCCCGCGCUUUGCGUCAGCCAUAUUUAAUUACUUCGAGUUUUUAUUGGUUCAAUGUAUUGUCUGUGUCCUAUGUGAUUGGCCAGAGUAAUUACUUUGGUUUUGGUUUUACGACACUCAAACGAAAACCACUCUAAUAUGCAGGGUUGCAAGUACGCUGAAUUUUGACUUCUCUCUGCCCGGAACAUCAAAUGUUACACCUUUUGAUCUCAAGGCAGCCUGAGAAAACAGCCUACAUUUCGCGAUGCCACCUCUAGUUACCCCGCGAAAUGACGUCUGAGUAACGAGUGCACCUGAGAAAUUCCACGCUGAUGAUGUGUCACUACCCAGAUCUAGGUAGUGCUUCUCAGUGGAUUUUCUUUUCUCAGACGUCAUUUCUCGAGGAAACCAGUGCUGAGUAAUCCCAAGGCUAUUCCGGCCGUAUUAGACCUGUUUUAACAACUGCAUUGUUAAAAUGGAGGUUGGGUGCCUGGAGUAUCUAGGGGUUUCCACCAUUAGGAGCCAGCCCCUACAUUGAAAUAAUGUCCCCAUGACUGCCACAACAGCACAACCCAGCCAUGAGCCCCCACACGAAAGGAAAGGAACAGGCACCCGUCACACUGAAAAAACAUCAGUGGAGAGAGAAAAAACAACAAAGCCCGGGGGGGAGGGGGAUGCCGGGGGGGGAGAGAGAAAAUGGCUAGAAGAACCCAGCACGAAGGAAAACUGAACGCGCCAAUGAAUCGCAUGAUCAACGAAGCCAGCUACUGGGCAUGUGCAUGCCAAAGACCGCUGAUCUCAGGUACUUAAGGCGCUCUUAGUUGUUAACUCCUUUAAAUUGCAUUUAAAUGCAUUAAGCGGGUUACACACAACACAGUUGUAAUUCAUUGUUGAUACCUUUUAAUGUGCGACUCUGCAGGUUUUGACACUUCUCAGCAAGCUCUUUAAUUCAAGGUUUGCCUCAUGCAGGCCCGGUAGCUUUAGCAAAAAAGAGUAUCUGCAUUACUUGUUUAUUAAAACGGUAUUUGGUCGUUUUUCCGUAGACUUGUGACAAGUGCAAAGCCAAGAGAAAAUCGACGAAGAAAUUCUACAUCCAGAGAUUUCCUCCAAUCCUCGUUCUUCGUAUCCUUUGUAAUCCUUCUAUAAGUUUAAAACAAAGCCAACCUAACACUAACUUCUCGCCUCAGGCAAAACGUUGGGUGAGGGGAGGGGUGGUCGAUUUGCAGCGACGAUUAUUCAUAGAGCAACAAUGUUGGAACAACGUUGUAACAAAAUACGAAUCGUCCCCUGUAAUAUCUUUUCCCAAAAUCAGUAAAGAAAUCGGCAAAGCGUGGCGUAAAAGUCUUACACGUGUGAAGGGCGCGAGCCUCAGUCUCUUCAGUCUCGCUCUUUGUUUUCAGCCUCGUUCCAGACCUUUUGUUUGACUACUGGCGCUUACUUGAAUACGCAAAAAUACGGACUGUUUUGCAAUCUAAUAUCAACUUAACGCUGAUAAACAGUAGUCAACGUCUACAGUGAAAUAAAACCCCAGAGUUUAGAUUGCCCUAGAAGAUUUUAAGGACUUAGCUUGUUCCAGGCGUUCAGAUAGUAGAGCGCGGCAGAAAAAUUUACGAAGAAAGAAAAAAAAACAAAGGGUGUACAACUUAACUCGCUCCCCACUUAAGGCCGCACUCUACUAUCUGAACGCCUGGAACAGUCUAUUAAGGACUGCAUUAGCGUGCUCUGGGAUCUCACUUAUUAUAGAACAAAUUUAUUAUCCGCUUCGUGUCCUGGUCGGUUUUUACUUUAGGUAGCUGAUUCAAAAUUGUAUAAGUGGUCUUUUUACAUUCAAUGUUUUGCCCUUAACAGUAUAUUGCACAGAUUUAAAGCGUUUCUCUGGAUUCAGUUUCCGCUCAAAGCUUCAGUCUAAUGUAGAUUUUCCCAUGAAGUUGGAUCUUGCAGAGUUCUCUGCUGAUCAAGGUAAGAUCACUCUACCACUCCCAGUGGUAAGAUCACUCUAUCACCCUAUAACAACCGUUUUGUGAGCAAAAUCAUUUCACACGCCCUAAACCGGGCAAAUUAGAGCGGUUGCCAAGCGCGCGUGAGCUUAUAACUGUUGCCAUGCGCAGGGAACAGGUAGCCGAAGAGCGCGGGAACCACGCACAACCCAAACGUGCACACGGGGUCACGCUUGAACACUGCCGCCCGGUUAGUUCAACUAGACGAGCGCCGGUCUACCUACCGAGCGGGAGACUGCGAGUUUAAGCCCUGGCUGAACCACUACUCAGUCUUAAGGUCCAUAAAGAACAGAGAGGAAAGUAGUGGCUGGCUUAUUACGUGCGCAUGCGUCCUCGAAAUAUCUCCCUUCGCCCUUAUCGGCGCCUGCUACGAAGGCUACCCUUAUGAUUGCAUUAACUCAGUCAAAAUUGCGUUAUACUUUCCAGAACGCCGGUCAGCUGUUUACUCUCUUUACGCGGUCUCAAAUCACUCUGGAGGCACUUAUGGAGGUCAUUACACAGCUUACUGCAAACAUCCAAUAAGCAACAACUGGCAUUGCUUUAAUGAUUCACGGUAAGGAAGUAGUUGAAAUACGUACCAUUGUAAAAUGAUUAACACCCAAACACAAAACUCGUCAAAAUUACUGAGUGAGAAAGGGGAUUUUAAUGGAAGAUGGUGGAAUGUGUAAGAAAUCUUUGAGGUCUCACGAGUUUUUUUAAAUGAAAUAAGGCUAAAAACCCUUUAAAUCAUACAAUGAGAAUUGGUUUAAAUGCCGCGUUGUUGCCCUCAAUCAAUUCGAAUUUUCAUUUUGGAAAAAUUUACCGUUCCUUUCUUGAAUCCACUCCUCCCUUUGGCUAUUGAGUGUUGGAAAAAAAAGAAGCUUCUCGUAUCUUCCCAUUUUGCGCAGAACGUUUGCGUAGCACCAGAAAAAGGAACUGUCUUUAUUUAGGGUGCGUUCCUUUGGGAUGAUUCGGAUCAGGAUCAGUGAUCCAAGAUCACUUGGAUCAUGUUAGAUCAAAUGAACCGAUGAAUCCACUCUGGGCAAGGAUUCUUCGGUUCAUUUGAUCUACCAUGAUCCGAGUGAUCUCGGAUCACUGAUUCUGAUCCGAAUCAUCCCAAAGGAACGCACCCUUAGUAUACGCGUAGGGGGCAUGCAGUCAUUUCAAAAAAGAAAAGAAAGUGCAAGCAAAAAAAAGCAUGCUGAAGCCAGUUAGCUGUUUAGAGUUUCUGACAACUGAGUCGUUGUAUUGUAAACUUGUGAAGAAAUUCGCAGUGCCUAGGUUUGUUCAGGAAAUUUAAAGAACGCUAUCGCAUUCAAAAGGCUAAGCUGGUUAUUUUUAAUAGUAGUCGUUGGUGGGUCUAGUAAAACUUCCAAAAAGUAAUUUAAUACUGUCCAGUGUGAACAAUCGAAGCAGCUAAAUACAGUGCAAUGGCUAAAUAGAACCCGAAGCAUCUUAGCCUGCGUAGCAAGCGUUUCCAAUCGAGUUAUGGCGCGAAAGUUAGAGCGGGAUCAUGUUUCGAGUGCUAAGUAAUCAACACUAAAAGCAACGCACCAAUCAGAAGCUGCGUUCGUGGGCGAACGCAGUUUUUCAAAAUCGUGGGGUUUGCGGGCAAGCGUUUCCUUCUUUCCCCUCCCCCUCCCCUGUCAUUCCUUUUUUUCGCUGUCGUCCCAACUUUUCUCGACGAACUCGCGCGGAAACGCUUGCUACGCAGGCUAGAAGCAUCUACGUACUUUGGUUACGUUCUGUAGUCUUAUCUUUGUGUUUUUCUUCCUUUUUUGUAGUGUGGAUUCUUUGUCUUCGUCAAGAGUGCGGGGAUAUCAAGCCUACAUCUUGUUUUACGAGCGACUGGAAACAAGUCCUCGAGAAAGUAGAAACAAAUCUUCUCUCUGAUGAAACGUUUUGUGACAAAUGCUGGCAUUUGUACCACAAAACACAUUGUUUUUUAAGUUGAGGGCUAUUACUUGUUCAUUUUUAGUAUCAAGCGGAGUAUAUAUUAGUCUGCCUCGCAGC